AUGGAGAACCUAAUGAGCCACAUAUCGAUCGAUGCUCACGGUAAUCAAGAUGUAACCACUAAAUUGGUUACAAGUGUUGGACCAUUAUCGUAUAAUACAUAUGAACAGAUGGUUAUAGAUGCUGGAGGGCUUGAUUUCUCACCUACUUAUAUGGAGGAACCUCCAAAUGCAGUGGCUCAGAAAUUUUUUGAUAUGUUAAGAGCCGCUAAUCAAGAGGCAUGGCCAGGCUGUAAAAAUCACUCACAACUAUCAGUAGUUGCAAGAAUGUUAAAUAUGAAGGCAGAACAUCAUUUAUCUGAAAAGUGUUUCAAUGACUUUUGUCAAUUUUUAAAAGAAAUGUUACCGGCCGAUAAUGCAAUACCAAGUAACUUUUACAUCACAAAGAAGUUAGUUCAAGGCUUGGGCCUACCAGUUGAGAAAAUUCAUUGUUGUCUUAAUGGAUGCAUGAUUUAUUGGGGAGUAGAUAGUGAACAAAUGAGUUGCAAAAUUUGUGAGCAUCCUAGGUAUAAACGACAACAAGGUAGCUCAUAUAUAAAGAAAAAUAAUAUUCCAUACAAGAAAAUGUAUUACUUUCCUUUAACAUCAAGACUACAAAGAUUAUAUGCAUCAAAUGCAACAGCAAAAGAAAUGAGAUGGCAUGCUGAGCAUGAGGCUGAAGAAGGGGUCAUGCGCCAUUGUUCUGACAGCCUUGCAUGGAAGCAUUUUAGUAACACCCACCCUUCAUUUGCAGCAGAAAGUUGGAAUGUGAGAUUGGGGUUGUGUACUGAUGGAUUCCAACCUUUUGGGCAGUCAGGUCAACAAUUUUCCUCUUGGCCAGUAAUUGUCACUCCUUACAAUUUGCCUCCUUCGAUGUGUAUGAAAGAAGAGUACAUGUUCCUAACGGUGAUAGUGCUAGGCCCAAGAAAUCCAAAAGAUAUGUUGGAUGUGUAUUUGCAGCCUCUCAUUGCAGAAUUGAGGCAAUUAUGGGAAAUUGGAGCUGAAACCUAUGAUGCAUCAAGAAAGAAUAAUUUCCAAAUGCGUGCUGCACUUAUGUGGACCAUAAGUGAUUUCCCAGCAUUUUCAAUGUUGUCCGAAUGGAGCACUGCAGGCAGAAAAGCUUGUCCCUAUUGUAAGGAAGAUUCAGAUGCAUUUACUUUAACAAGAGGGGGGAAGCAAUCAUGGUUUGAUAAUCACCGCAACUUCUUACCUCCUAAUCAUCCAUUUAGAAAGAACAAAACUGAUUUCCGAAAGAAUAGAAUGGUCACAAAAAUGGCUCCUACUAUCCAAACUAGGGAUGAAAUCUUUAAAGAAAUACAAGAUCUGAAACUAAAAAGAGUCAUGGAUACUGGUGCUUAUGAGACCAAUAGCCGCAUUGCUAAGACUACAGGUUGGAGAAAAUGUAGCAUUUUUUGGGAUUUACCCUAUUGGAGAACAAAUCUAAUCUGUCACAAUCUUGAUGUUAUGCAUAUUGAGAAAAAUGUGUUUGAGAACAUAUUUAAUACUGUGAUGAAUGUCGAAGGGAAGACCAAAGAUAAUGCUAAAUCAAGAGAAGAUUUGAAAGAAUUCUGUUAUCGGCCUGAGUUAGAAAGAAAUGAUGCUACAGGAAAAUAUCCCAAAGCAUGUUAUACUUUGGAUAAACAGUCAAAAAUUGUGCUUUGCGAAUGGCUUCGAAAUCUUAGAUUCCCAGAUGGCUAUGCAUCAAACAUGAGUAGAUGUAUUGACAUGAGAAAGCUGAAGCUAUUUGGUAUGAAAAGCCAUGAUUGUCAUGUCUUUAUGAAAAGGUUACUUCCAAUAGCAUUCAAGGAACUGCUUCCAUUAGGUGUUUGCCGGGCAUUAACAGAAUUGAGUAAUUUUUUCAAGGAGCUCACUUCAACUACAAUCCGAGAAGAAGAUAUGUUAAGGCUUAAUGAAGAAAUCCCUUUAAUCCUGUGUAAGCUUGAGCGUAUAUUUCCUCAAAGCUUUUUUGAUUCAAUGGAACAUCUUCCGGUGCACUUGGCUUAUGAAGCAUGGAUUGCGGGUCCAAUACAAUAUCGAUGGAUGUAUCCAUUUGAAAGGUGA